CAAGUAUUUUUCCCCAAUAGCUAUAUAAAUGGCUUGAGAAGGACCAGUCAGCCCAUCGAGGGGGAACUAUUCACAAUGAGGAAAACGCGACGAAGAGAGCGGCAAAAUGUCAUUGUUUCUGUCUCUUUACUUCAAUAUUUUUACAGGAUAUUCUUUUUACCCAAGUACUUUCCCCAGUUGCUAAAUAAAUGGCAUGGUCAUGACAAAUAACUUGUGCUAAAUGGAAUAUAAAAUAAUAAAAAUCCAUUUAUUCAAGACGACGUGGCAAAAUUACUCCAUAAUGGUCAAAACUGUCGACUUUACCUUUACUGUCACACCUCCCGAACGAUAUUUUAUGACACCUAAAUCGGACAUAUGUCAUUUCCCUUCCCCGGCUUCGGAGAAUGUAAACAGACCAGAAGGAGUGACAGCUAGCCGACAUGCUAACCCGAACCGAGGGAUGUUUCAAAGUCUUCGAAGUGGAAAAUCACACAUAACUAGCCUGGAUUAUUUGACAUGACGACCCGGUUGUCGAGUUUCUUUGCGGAUCGGCAAACCGCCCGGCGGAGAGCGAUUUACAGUUCGUUCCCUGGAGGAGGGUGGCUGGAGUUGUUGUGUAGCUAACGCGCUAACAGCUAACUGCUAAUGAGCAUGAGGAUAGCUUUUUACAUGCCUAUCAAUGAUCAAACAAUCGUCAACUGACUCGCAAUCAGCGGCAUCGGAUGUUAGAACAGCGGCGUGCCAUCGAGGAGCAGAGGCAUCAGGAGUCCGCGCGAAUGGACCGCGACCGGAAGAUCUUGGCUAUUGUGAGGGAUGAGGACAACGUGGACAAGAAGAGGUUUUUGCGACAGGUGCAGGAAGAGCAGAAAGAGAGGGAGAUUGAGAACGCCAUGGUACAGGCCCAGCAAGAGAAAAUGUUGAAGAAUAAGGAACUUGUACAAGAAGAGAAACUAGCAAGAGAGCUGUCUCGCAUCAACCAUGAGAGGCAAAGAGAAGGCAAGAUGAGGCAGUUUGUUCGAGAGAACAGCCUUGAGCUUCGAGAAUUGGAGUCAAAGUUGAAACUGGCCUACGUGAGCAAAGAGCAAGUGGCACAGAUGGCGGAGCAUGAAGCUAUCAAGUGUGACAUAAUGCGUCAAGAGACUGAGCUUUAUAACCAGAUGAAGAGCAGGUUCGACGAGGCGACCAUGGAAGAGGAGCGACAGGAGCAGAGGAAACAAGAAGAGCAGCUCCAGUACAUACAGCAGCUCAACCAGCAGCUCAUUGAGCGAGAGCACAAGAGACAAGUGGCCUACGACGACUUCCUCAAGGAGAAGCUGAUGGUGGACGAGAUCGUGCGCAAGAUUUACGAAGAGGAUCAAAUGGAGCGACAGAAGAAGUUGGAGCGGGUUCGCGCUACUCAGAAGCAUAUCGUGGACUUCAAGACGCAGCGGGCUGAGUGGCAGCGUUUGGAGAAAGAAAGGAUGGAGGAGGAGAACAGACGCCUCAGGGAGUUCGUAGGCAGGCAAAAGAGUAUGAAGGCGGACUGGAUGGCCAAAGCCAGAGCGCGAGAAGACGCAAUACAGAGCAUCAGAAAUACGCUCGCUCAAAAAAUGGCUGAGGAGAACAAACAUCGUGACGACAUGGACAGAAUUCGCCAGGCGCUUUGUCUCGAGGAACAAGAAGAAGCUUUUAGGAAGAAAGACAUUGAAGAAAUGGAGAAGAACAUCAGGCAGAGGCUGAUGCUGCAGAAAACCUGUGAGGAGCAAAUGGCCAUGAAGGAGAUGCGUCGGCGGGCGGAGAAAGAUGAAGAGGCGGCCUUCCGGAAAAUGACCAUGGAAAAGUUUGCGGAGGACGACCGCCUCGAGCAGUUAAGCGCCCAAAAGCGACGCAUGAAAAUUAUGGAGCAUAAACGCGAGGCGGAGAAGCAGAUUGACGACAGACGACGGCAGCACCAGGCCGACAAGGAUAUGAAGGCUAAAGAAGAAGCAGUAGAGCAGGAGAGACAGGCAGUGUGCAGACAAAUUAUUGAAGAGGAGAGACUAAAGCUUCUUCAGCGGCACGCCGUUCAACUUCUCGGACACCUACCAAAGGGUUUGCUCCGUGAAGAUGACCUGAAGCACUUUGACGAAGAGUUCAGGAAAAACUUCAAGACGUGUCAGGCAGAGAAUUCUGAAACCAAGGCAGAGACAACUGAUUGAUUUUCAAGUUUCCAACUUCCGAACAAUUUCAAACAAUCCUAGUGUGCUGUUAUAGUCUAGAUUAAACGUGAUUUUUUUUUAAUUAUUUUUUUUACGAUCUGCGAGCCAGCUGGACUUUUCAAUUCAGAAUGCAACUGGUUUCAUGCCUCUGACCAUCCAACCGAAAGAAAGGUCUAAUCAGACGUUGAAAGGAUGACAAAUUGGCAGUCAAUCAAAAAUCUCUUUAAUGCACGCAGGAUUCAUUGUCAGUCUUCAGCAUGUCAAAAUAACCAACUCAACCUUCUGGCUUCAUACCAAGUCAAUUUAUGGAUUUUUAUGCUUUGCCCCAGUCGAGGGCCUUCAUGAACUCCUCCUCUGUGAAGGACAGCAGCUUGGCAGCUUCCAGAUGCAUCUGCAGAAAAAUGGAAUAAUAUAACAAUCCACUGGCUGCCAUUGACGGCGCUAGACGUCCAAUUUGUCUAGCGCUGUCAAUGGCACUGAGAGAUAAGCAAUUUCAGGAAUGAUGGCCACACUUCAUGACCCAGAACACCUUUUGUCUUUUGAGAACAUCGAUCAACUUGAGCUGCUUCUUCAAUCCCACGAUAAGCUCCGCUUUCUGCUUUUUUAACAUUUUGUUUUCUGUCAUUAGCGUUUCCCGAAUCUGUUGUUCCUCGCUAGUCUUUUCCUGGAUUGACGGAAAAGAGGAAAGCUUGAAACGAGGAGGCUAAACGAUAGAAGAUUUUGCGUUUGAAUAAAUGCUAGACAUAAGCCCGCUUGCCUUGUGCAUCUGUUUGUUUUUUUGGAGUUCCGACUUUAAGCGGUCCACUUCGUCGAGAGCUCUUGUGAGACGAAGCUCCACGGUGCUCUGCGUGGCUGCUCCUUGCUUGCUAGUUUUACUCAGCUUUUCCAUUUCCUGUGGGUCACAUUGUCAACCAGACACAUAAUUCAAACACGUAAACAAAAUUUUGGGCAAAAACUUAAGGUUCCGCAAAAAAAAUUGACAAAAAAGCCCCGUCCCUAUUCAUUUUAAAUGGGACAUUCAGCACCAACAAAAAUGUUUGUGUUCACUUCUUUUGAUUUUCAAUUUGCACCUGAAAAAGAAAAUCUCAAUUGGCAUAUCUUUUAAUUUUGAAUUGCCUUAAAGGGAACCUCGGAUUUAAAGACUUGUAGGUUCUAUUAAGCCACAAUGUUUCUCUUUUACUAUAAAAUAUGUUAUUAGAAACAUAAAUUGUUUCCAUUGAUUUAAAAAUAUAAUAUUUAGUGCAUGUUUUGACCUACAGAGGGCGCCAUGUUUUACGCGCGCAACGCACGCUGGGGUUGAUGACGUGGUUGGGCUGGAAUGGGAGAAUAGCUGUGCUAGGUAGCAAGCGGAGCUAGUAUGACGUCUGGCAUGAUUUUGUCACAUUCUGCAGCUGGUCAGAUUGUUUUGUUACAGAGCAGUGGGAUGAGUUCCCGACGUCGUACCUCCAUCCAAUUCCAGUUCAUCAGCAGUGUCGUUAAACCAGUACUUCUCAAAUAGUGGGGCCCCCCUGGGGGGGGCGCAGAGCGAUGCCGGGGGGGGCGCAUGUGACCUCGGGGAACAUGCUUUUUUUGUUGUUUUUUUGCCGUACUGGAAUAAAGUGUACUUGCACAUCCACUCAGUAGGUGGCAGUGGCGCUCUCAUUUUCAGAGUGCGCGCAGUAUUUUUGAACUAAGGAAGAGCACUCAGCACACACAGAAAACAUAUGAAGAGCAGUGUGCCACCGCCGUUUCCGAAAGCCGUUUUCCGACCGGACUCACUCACGCAGCGACCCACUGUCUUGUCCGGUUCUCACGUCGCCGCCCGAGAAGUGCCAUUUUCAGCUUGGGAUCGUCACGACGACCGCCCUCACCUACGGUUCUACCUCGGCCGCCGAGAAUGCGCUUUGUUCGUGCCGUUUGCCUUUUAGCUUUGACUUUUAAUACAGUGGGUGAUGAUGAAAGACCACUGUUUACUGUGUCUAAAAAUAAUUAUAGCGGACAGCCAGAAGCCAAAUCAAUUAAGACGCCACUUAAAGACAUUAGACCCCAAUCUCAUUGAUAAUCCGCUUGAUUGUUUUUCAGUGAAAACGUGCCGAAUAUUGCCAACAAUCGUCCUGCUUUGUCAGUGUUAUAUCAGUAAACCAGUGAGCAUUGUGAGCAUGCUCAUUGCAAAAUAACUCCACACCAUUGCAAAGGAGGUAAAUAAUGUGAGCAGCAAAAAUAAAAACGGUCCUGUCCAAGGACACUCUUUUUUUUUCUUUUAUUCAGUUUUGUUUUUUCGGUCAAAUUUUUUGGCAUAUUGUCCUCAUGAGUGAAUGUUUCUAAUCAAUUUUAAUUUGUUAUUAUUUACUGAUUUUAUUACAUUUUAUUUUUCUGUAUCAAAUGGUCAAAAAUGUACCUUGAGUGUAUUUUUUACAGUUUGGAUGUGACUUUUUUAAUUCAGGCAAAUUGAUGCACGUCAAGUCUUCUCUGUUACAAACAAAACAAUGUUAAUAAAGUUAUACUUUAUUAUAAGUUGAUCUAUGUUACUUUUUUUCUUUAUUAGAAAAAAAAUGGACACAAUGUUAGGCAGAUGUGUAUUUAUAAUAGUAAUUUUAUAGACAAAUGAUACUAUUUACAGUGGCGGCAGAGAGUUUGGGGGGGGCGCGAAAC